UUUUGCGUUCGCGAUGACUAAACAUUCGUCUAAGUGACCCUAAGAGAAAAAAACCGGCUGCCAGCAGACUACUAUUGGACGCUGCCGCGCGCCGGCUGGUCUCGUCCCUACGGGAGUAAUUACAAGACAAAUCAAGACAAAUCUAUAGAUAGCACCUUUAAUGCUUUUGCAAGAAACGUCAUCUCCGUUAUUCGCUUCUCUACCUCAAAAGAAUUGCUGUCGUUUCGUCCUAGGGCCAGUUCUCCCGGGCUGUAAGUCUGUUCGCCGCCGGUUAGCUCCGUGCCGGCAGUGGAUCAAAGAACGAGAAAUUAUUUGCCCGUUCUUGUUCAAUGCUAAUUAUGGCAGUAAACCCUUGGGUUCGGAUGCUUAUUUAUGGCAUGCUUGGAUUUUCCUACGAGAUUGUCUUCACUUCGCUUUUUGACUUUGUGGCCUCGAAUUUCACCGAUUUCGCUUUCAAAGGAUACUCUUCUCUCUGGUCUUUUCUUAUUUAUGGCUCGUGCAGUUUUUGCGGAGAACAAGUGUAUUUUUACUCAAAAAAGUGUUUAUCGAUCUUUCUGCGCGGGUUGAUCUACCUCCAAAUGGCUUACACGUGGGAAUUUAUCGGCGGCCUCAUUCUCGGUCAAUUUUCAGCACGUACGUGGGACUACACCCACUACAAGUAUGACGUCAUGGGUUUGAUCGCGCUCGAGUAUGCGCCGUUAUGGUUUUGCAGCGGUCUGUUGCAAGAAUUCUUUUACGAGUAUCUGCUGACGUUGUCAGUGCCACCCGUUGUUAAAAGCAUGGAAGUAAACAGAAAGGAAUCAUACGCGGAACAGAAUGGAAACUACAAGAUAGAUUGAAAAGAGAGAUGUGCGAACUGUGAAAACAGGAGACUACGAGUAGUCCUCUUUCGCUUAGUCCGUCCUCGCCCCCAGGAUUUCGCGCGGCCAUUUUUUUCUCGCGGUUUUUUUUUUUGCGUCACGCACGACGGACUAAGCGAAAGAGGGACUACUCGUAGUCUAUGAAAACAGAGACUUAUUUUGCGACAAAUUGUAAUUGCUUUUAUUUCUGCUUCUAAUUUGUUGAGAGUUUGGCGCGAGUGUUUUUUUUUUAACCAAUCACAGGACGUAGUUAAGCAAAACCAAAACAUCAUAGAUAUAUAGCUUUCGGCAGUGGACUGAAAACCACUUUAAAUUUCACAAAUAUAGAAAUAUAUUUAUGUAGGAAUUAAUUACUUAUUAUUUUUAAUUCGUGUAAACAU